GGCGUGCGUCAAAGUGAUCAGGCGGUCGUCUGACAGCUAAUAACAUCGUUACCAUCUCCGUACACAAUAUUGCCCGCCAUGGCUACUCAGCAGCAAGCGCACCAGCAACAGCAACAACAGCCGCCGCUGCAGCCUCCGCAGUCCAAUAAUGCAGUGCCCAAUACUGCUGCUACUGCCAGGACGAGCUCGUACACUGCGCUGCCUCCGCCGGCAGCCUACACACCACUGCGCUAUGCCAGCAAUCGCAAGACCAUCUACGACCGCAACCUGAACCGCGCGCGUACCUCUGAGCUGAGCCUGGCAUCUUUUGCACACCUGUUCAACACGUUGAUUGCCUAUCACCAAGCUCGCGCACCCUCAGUCUCGGACCUUGAAGCCAGGCUGGCCGAAUCGGCAUACCCCAUCGGCGUCAAACUGCUCGAUCUCCUCCUCUUCCGCAUGCCGCCCCGCACUGCAUCUCGACCGACCCGCUUGCUCGAUCUCCUGCAAUUCAUACAUACCACUCUAUGGCGCUCGUUGUUUGGCCGCCCCGCCGACGCCCUCGAGGCCAGCACUGGCAACAACAAUGACUACAUGAUUAUCGACAAUGACCCCCUUGUCAACACAUACAUCAGUAUUCCCAAGGAGAUGAGCCAACUCAACUGCGCUGCCUUUGUUGGUGGCAUCAUCGAGGGCAUCUGUGAUGCUGCUGGCUUCUCGACAGACGGCGUAACGGCCCAUUGGGCUGAAAAUGACGAGCUUUGGCCGUCCAAGACCAUCUUCCUCGUCAAGUUCAAGCCCGAAGUGGUCGAAAGAGAAGAAGCACUCAAGGCUGGAGGUGGUUGA